AUGUUGUCUCCCCGGCGGAAAGGGCGCUGCGGCCGUUCCUCGCCGGCCCCCGAGAAAAGCCAGCGGUCCCCGGCGGCCCGGGAGCCCGGCGGCCCUGCUAUGGAGGAGGGCAGCGGCUUCCGCCUCUCGGCCGAAUGCCUGGACGAGCCGCCCAACAGCCGCGUCUUCGUGGUGCUGGGCAAGGACACCGGGGAGGCGCUGAUCCGGGAGCGCUUCGCACCCUUUGGGGACAUCCAGAACAUCUGGCUCCUGCGGGACAAGCGCACCAACGAGUCCCGCGGCAUCGCCUUCAUCAAGUUCGCCCGCAGCUCGCAGGCCUGCCGGGCCAUGGAGGAGAUGCACGGCCGCAGCCUGGUCCCCGACACCAAGCCCAUCAAGGUAUUUAUUGCACAGUCAAGAGCUUCUGGAAGCCACCGAGAUGUUGAAGAUGAGGAACUUACACGAAUCUUUGUUAUGAUACCAAAAUCCUAUACAGAGGAAGAUCUGCGAGAGAAGUUUAAGAUGUAUGGAGACAUUGAAUACUGCAGCAUUAUUAAAAACAAGACUACUGGAGAAAGUAAAGGUUUGGGCUAUGUGCGGUAUUUAAAACCAUCACAAGCUGCCCGAGCAAUUGAAGAGUGUGAUCGAAGCUACAGGGCCAUUUUGGCUGAACCUAAAAAUAAGUCAUCUGAGUCUUUUGAACAUGAUUAUUAUAGUAAUAACACGAGGCAAGAACCAAGAGGAAAUACACUUCCGUUUUGUGGGCAGCCAGAGUUUUGUAGUUUUGAAAAAAAUGAGAGCAGAACUCAAGAGUCAGUCUCCAAACGUCUGUCAGUGGUAUCACGGCUUCCCUUUAUCCAAGAGCAGCUGUUUGCCCUCUUUGAUCUGGUCCCAGGACUGGAAUACUGUGAUGUUCAGCGAGAUCCUCAUACCAAUAGUGGGUAUGCUGUGAUUCAGUACAGUACUGCUGCCUCAGCUAUAUAUGCCAAGUAUAAAUUACAUGGUUUUGAGUAUCCUCCUGGAAAUCGAUUAACUGUCAUUUUCCUAGAAGAUGGGAGUGAUAGCUCAGACCUCAUCAGAAAAAUGGCAACACAGCUGGUAACAGCACAUGUGUCAUCAGUGUUGCGGAAUAACAAUGCUAUUGUUCAGCAGUAUAGGACACCUCCUCAGGCAUUUGGAGGAACUUCUGGCUCACAGUUACUUCAGCCCCAAACAGAUGCCAUACUUCCACCACACAAAAAAAAAGUUCCACCUGACACUUCGGUGAAGGAAAGGCUUUUCAUACUUUUUCAUCCCCAUCCUUUACCUGUAAAUGUAUUGGAGGAUGUGUUCUGUCGUUUUGGACACUUGAUAAAAGUUUACCUUGUGGCUGGAAAAAAUGUGGGCUAUGCAAAAUUUGCAGACAGAGCAAGUGCCAGUGAUGCCAUAACUGCGUUACAUGGCAAGAUUGUGAAUGGUGUCAGGCUAAAAGUAAGGUUGGCAGACUCACCUACAGAAGAAUCCAACAAACGUCAGAGAACAUAUUGAGCAGAAACUAAAUAAUGACAUGACCCUCAGCUAGCUGACUGACUGACUGAAAACGUGACUAGACAUGGUUCGUGUGGACAGUGACAGCUUUUUUUUUUUAAUUGUUACUUAGUUGAUCUUCUCUUUCUAUAUAUAUGGUACUUCCUGGUUUUGAAAAUGCAGACAUGCAGUUUUGAGAAUCAUCUAGGCAUUAAAAAUUGUAAACUGGUGGUUGUUC